GUAACUAGUAAUCCCCAGUUACUGCCCCCACAGCUCUGACUCAGAGCCAGAUCGAGUCCGUACCGGGUCCCUGCUGCGGGAUCGAGUCAUUACGCACCCGAAGAGCGCGCGCUCCCACAGCAGCCGCCACGGGAUCAGAGGUUUGAUGAUGAGAAGGGAGAUGAUGAUGAUGAUGACGAGGAGCACGUGAGGCAGACUCGGUCUCUCAGGGAGAUGGAUGUAACGGAGACCCGCUGUGGUUCCAGUUGGACCUGAGGAGCAUGGGAGACCGACACCGGCGGACCGGGACCCUCGGGAGCCUCACCACCAAGCCUCGCGUCUCCAAGGAGACGAAGCUCCGGCUGCGCGUGAUCUUCCUGGAUAACAGCGAACGCACGUUCGAGGUGGAGCAAAAUGUUCUCGGCGGCGACUUCUUCAACAAGGUUUGUGGUCACCUUAAGCUGCUUGAGAAGGAGUACUUUGGACUGGAGUUCAGACACCCCAGUGGCCAUUACGUUUGGUUGGAGCUGCUGAAACCUCUAGUUAAACAAAUUAAAUACACCAGUGAUUUAUUCUUUAGGUUUAUCGUUAAAUUCUUCCCACCAGACCCUGGACAGCUGAAGAGAGGCCUCACAAGGUAUCUUUUUGCCUUACAGAUAAAACAGGACUUGUCUAACGGCAGUUUAACGUGUAAUGACAACAGCGCCGCCCUGCUGGUUUCUCACAUACUGCAGUCAGAGCUAGGGGACUAUGACGAGGAGCUGGACUAUCAACAUUUGGAGAUGAAACACUACGUCCCCAACCAGGAAUACCUGGACCACAAAAUCAUCAAGCUUCACAAGAGACACAAAGGGGUGUCUCCAGCUGACUCGGACAUCCAGCUCUUAGAGGUCGCCCGGAAACUGGACAUGUACGGCAUCAGGCCUCACGCUGCUCAUGACGGGGAGGGAAUGAGGAUCAACCUGGCUGUCACACACUCUGGAGUACUGGUCUUCCAGGGAAACACCAAGAUCAACACCUUCAGCUGGGCCAAGAUCCGUAAACUCAGCUUCAAACGCAAACACUUCCUGAUAAAACUCUACGACACAGUUGGGCCAUCGUGCAAGGACACUCUGGAGUUCGCCAUGGCCAGUCGAGAUGUUUGCAAGUCGUUCUGGAAGACGUGUGUGGAGUACCACGCUUUCUUCAAACUGGCAGAGGAGCCAAAGCCCAUCCAUAAAACACUGCUGUCAUGUAAAGGCUCUACAUUUAGAUACAGUGGCAGGACCCAGAAACAGCUAUUGGAGUGCAUGGGCUCAGGAGAAAAGAGACCUUUAUGCUAUGAAAGAAGCUACGAUCAGGCGGAUUUUGACUCCAGACAGUAUCGAUCUUCUCCUGAUCUCCUCACCGACGUAUCCAAGCAGAUGUACGAACAAUCUCACCCGCAUCCCCGCUCGAGUCGCAGUCUGGCCGUUCACAGCCAGGAUGAAAUGGAUCAACAUCGCCGAGGUCUAAGUGACGUUGAACUUGAUGGACGAGGGGCUAAACUUAGCCAGUCAUCUUGUCAUGUCAGCCAAAGACCACACCCCCUCGCUCAAGUCACUCCUCUCUCUCCUUCCCUUCACCAGUCCACCCCCUGGUCAAAGUUUCGAUCUGCUUCCACAUCCAUGAUGGAGGACACGAGGGGGGGACGUAACGGCACUCAGCGCCAGGCCCAAAGGUUAGCCGGUGUCUACGCCAACCGCUCACGACGCAGACCAAACCCACAGCCGUACCCAGAUGAGCCCCAGCAGCUGGUUCUUCUCUACCCCAACAGUCCUGGGCGCCAGUAUCACCCUGUCCUCCCAUCAUUCCCAUUUACUGCCCCCCCACCACUGAACAGACACCCUUACUUGACGGAUUAUGUUGCCAUUUCUUCACUGGAGCGUUUCCCAUCUGUGGGGAGGAGGGACUAUUUCCCGAUAGACAGCGUCUCACGGCCUGCCUUCUACCCACUGGGCCAAGACUCACCAUCCAUCUCGCCCAUCAGGAGGAACUUCCGCCCAUGUGGUUCAGGUGGACUGGGACUGGCAAGGGUCUACCAGGCUGGAAGCAAUGGAGCCAGGUUUUUAGGUGCCGGACACACGGAGGCGGGGCAUUACAGCGACGACUCAAACUUCCUCCCUGGGCUGCCUCGACGUGAGGCGAGGCAGCCAGAUGUCAAGUUCCACCUCUCAAGGAGUUCAAACCCAACUUUUAACCCUGCCUCUGAGUUUCGACCUCUCGGUUACUACCCUCACCUGACACGGCCCUCCAGACCCACUUACCUCCCCCUGAACUCCUCCCCCCUGCCCGAACGACCCACCUCAAUGUGUAUGAUCAGCAGGAGCACAGGGAGCUACAGCGACUCCGACCCAGAGGUCUUCUACCCAUAUUACUGCCCACCUCAUCAACUGAGGAAUGUGGCACGGUCCGCCGGACUGGCCAGGAUGAGGUUUUCCUCUGGAAGCCUUCAACUGGAUGAGGAGGAAGAGAGAGAGGAGGAAGAGCCUAAAACAGACUUAAAACGUGACCAGAACAAGACAGAAACUAGUGAAGGGGGGGAUGAAACAAAGGGAGCCGCAAAGAUUACCCAAGUCACUCUUUAAAUAAAACUCGAUCAACGUGUGCAGGGUGACUCAUCAACUCAAACUGUAAAUGACAAUAAAUGUGAUAAAUGUUGGAUAUGUGAACUGUUUUAAAGUGUAACAUUAAAUGAUAAUGACCUGCACUUGUAUAGCGUCUCUCAGAGAAAGGACUCCAAAGCGCUUUACACUACAGUGUAUCAUUCCUCCAUUCACACACACAUUCACACACUGAUGGUGGUGAGCUACGAUGUAGCCACAGCUGCCCUGGGGCGCACUGACAGAGGCGAGGCUGCCGAGCACAGGCACCACCGGUCCCUCCGACCACCGCCAGCAGGCAAGGUGGGUUAAGUGUCUUGCCCAAGGACACAACAGCAGAAUUCUCUGUCCGGAGCCGGGAUCGAACCUGCAACCUUCCGAUUACUGGACGACCCGCUCAACCUGUUGAGCUACUGCUGCCC